UCCUGCCAUUUUAGUGCUCUACUUCAGUAGCCAGCGCGAUGUCCCCGUCCUCUUAGUCAGAAGCACCAGCCACGCGGGUCCUUGUGCUUCAGCUCGCCCCACGGCCGGCGCUGCUGCCCGCCGGAGCCUCUGCGAUCGAUGGAGUCGAAAUUGGCCACCAGCGCCGAUGCCCCGCCGCGGCCGCACGUCGUGCUAGUCGCCAGCCCCGGCGCCGGCCACCUCAACCCGAUGGCGGAGCUGGCGCGGCGCCUCGUCGCGCGCCUCGGCCUCGCGGCCACGCUCGUCACCUUCACGGGUCUCUCCGCCGCCGGCACGGACGCGCACUCCGCGGCCGCCCUCUCUUCCCUCCGCGACGCCGGCGUGGACACCGCCGUGCUCCCCGCCGCCCCGCUCGAAGGCCUCCCGGCCGGCGCCCGCGUCGAGACCGCGCUCUUCGAGCUCAUCGCCCGCUCCGUCCCGCGCCUCCGCGCCCUGCUCCGCGACAUCGGCUCCGCGGCCCCGCUCGCGGCGUUGGUCCCGGACUUCUUCGCCGCGGCGGUGCUGCCCCUCGCCGCCGAGCUCGGUGUGCCGGGAUACCUCUUCUUCCCCGUCAGCCUCUGCGUGCUCUCCUUCGUGCGCCGCGCCGUGGAGCUCAACGACGGCGCUGCGCCCGGCGAGUACCGUGAGCUACCGGACGCUCUCCGGCUCCCCGGGGGCGUGUCGCUGCGCCGCGAGGACUACGCGGACGGGUUCCAGAGCAGCAAAGAGCCGCUCUACGCGCAGCUCAUCGAGGAGGGCCGCCGGUACCGCGCCGCCGACGGCAUCCUGGUGAACACCUUCUACGAGAUGGAGCCCGGCAACGUGGAGGAGCUCAGGCAGGUGGCAGAGCAAGGCACGUUCCCGCCUGCUUACCCUGUGGGGCCGUUCGUGCGAUCGAGCUGCGGCGAAGACGCCGCAUCGCCGUGCAUAGAGUGGCUGGACAGGCAGCCGACGGGGUCCGUGGUGUACGUCUCCUUCGGGAGCGCCGGAACGCUGUCUGUGGAGCAGACCGCCGAGCUCGCCGCCGGGCUGGAGGACGGCGGCCACAGGUUCCUCUGGGUCGUGCGCAUGCCAAGCCUGGACGGAGAACAUUCCGACUUGGGGAAAACCCGCGCAGACGACGAGAGCGAUCCCUUGGCAUGGCUUCCUGAGGGCUUCUUGGACCGGACGAGCUGCCGCGGCCUCGCCGUGGCGUCGUGGGCGCCGCAGGUGCGCGUGCUGUCCCACCCGGCGACGGCUGUGUUCGUGUCCCACUGCGGCUGGAACUCGGCGCUGGAGAGCGUCGCGUCCGGCGUGCCGAUGGUCGCGUGGCCGCUGCGAGCGGAGCAGCGGGUGAACGCCGCGGUCCUGUCGGAGAAGGCCGGCGCGGCGCUGCGCCCGCGCGCCGCCCGCGCGGACGGGCUGAUCGGGCGCGAGGAGGUCGCGGCGGCGGUGCGGGAGCUGAUGGAGGGGGAGAAGGGCCGCGCCGUGCGGCGCCGGACGGGGGACCUGCGGCAGGCGGCGGACGUGGCGUGGGCGCCCGAGGGCUCGUCGCGGCGGGCGAUGGAGGAGGUCGCCGGCAGGUGGAAGGCGGCGGCGUUCGGCGGACGUGCACGGGGGGCCAUGGUAAUGUGACGUGAUGGGUUUCGUGACCGUCAGCGUACUUGUUUC